GCCCUCCCGGUCAGCGGCGGCAGCGCGUUGCCGACCCGUGCAGGACGCCCCGCGGACCACGGCGGGACCUGUCAGCGCUGUUACUGAACAACACACCACAGCCCCAGGACUGCCUCACUCCACCCGGGACCAUGAGUGAGGCCCGCAGGGAUAGCACGAGCAGUCUGCAGCGCAAGAAGCCUCCCUGGCUGAAGCUGGACAUCCCAGCUGCGGCACCCCUGCCCCUGGUGGCAGAGGAGCCUGGCUUCCUGCAGCCCCUGAGGCGCCAGGCUUUCCUGCGGAGUGUGAGUAUGCCGGCAGAGACUGCCCAUGUCCCUUCGCCCUACCCCGAUCCCCGGCGGCCGGUGCUGCAGCGCCAGACGUCCAUCACCCAGACCAUCCGCAGCAGCCGACAGGUACGCUUCGGGCAUGUCCACACUCUGCCCCUCUUGGGUCCCUGGGCUGCCUGCAGGGCCCUCCCACAGCACCACUCUCUCUCUUGGUCCCUGCUCAGGGGGACAGCUGACUGGUUUGGAGUAAGCAAGGACAGUGACAGCACCCAGAAAUGGCAGCGCAAGAGCAUCCGCCACUGCAGCCAGCGCUACGGGAAGCUGAAGCCCCAGGUCAUCCGGGAGCUGGACCUGCCCAGCCAGGACAAUGUGUCACUGACCAGCACCGAGACGCCACCCCCAUUGUACGUGGGGCCAUGCCAGCUGGGCAUGCAGAAGAUCAUAGACCCCCUGGCCCGCGGCCGUGCCUUCCGUGUGGCAGAUGAUACUGCUGAUGGCCUGAGCGCCCCGCACACUCCAGUCACACCAGGCGCUGCCUCCCUCUGCUCCUUCUCCAGCUCCCGCUCAGGCUUCAGCCGGCUCCCGAGGCGGCGCAAGCGCGAGUCGGUGGCCAAGAUGAGCUUCCGGGCAGCUGCAGCACUGGUGAAGGGCCGCUCGGUAAGGGACGGCACGUUGCGCCGGGCACAGCGCAGAAGCUUCACCCCUGCCAGCUUCCUGGAGGAGGACACGGCUGACUUCCCCGAUGAGCUGGACACGUCCUUCUUUGCCCGGGAAGGUGUCCACUAUGAGGAGCUGUCCACAUACCCAGAUGAGGUGUUCGAGUCCCCGUCGGAGGCAGCGCUCGCAGACUGGGAGAAAUCCGUGGAGCAGACGGACCUCACUGGCGGCGCCCUGGACCGCAGCGAGCUUGAGCGCAGCCGGCUGAUGCUGCCCCUGGAGCGUGGCUGGCGGAAGCAGAAGGAAGGCGGCCCCGCGGCCCAGCAGCCCAAGGUGCGGCUGCGGCAGGAGGUGGUGAGCGCGGCGGGGCCCCGGCGUGGCCAGCGCAUCGCGGUGCCCGUGCGCAAGCUCUUUGCCCGGGAGAAGCGGCCAUACGGGCUGGGCAUGGUGGGCCGGCUCACCAACCGCACCUACCGCAAGCGCAUUGACAGUUACGUCAAGCGCCAGAUCGAGGACAUGGACGACCACAGGCCCUUCUUCACCUACUGGCUCACCUUCGUGCACUCGCUCGUCACCGUCCUGGCCGUGUGUAUCUACGGCAUCGCGCCCGUGGGCUUCUCGCAGCACGAGACGGUGGACUCGGUGCUGCGGAACCGCGGGGUCUACGAGAACGUCAAGUACGUGCAGCAGGAGAACUUCUGGAUCGGGCCCAGCUCGGAGGCCCUCAUCCACCUGGGUGCCAAGUUCUCGCCCUGCAUGCGCCAGGACCCGCAGGUGCACAGCUUCAUCGGUGCGGCCCGCGAGCGGGAGAAGCACUCGGCCUGCUGCGUGCGCAAUGACCGCUCAGGCUGUGUGCAGACCUCAGAGGAGGAGUGCUCGUCCACACUGGCAGUGUGGGUGAAGUGGCCUGUCCAUCCCAGUGCCCCAGACCUUGCCGGCCACAAAAGAAAGUUUGGCUCUGUCUGUCACCAGGACCCCAGGGUGUGUGAUGAGCCCUCCUCCGAAGACCCCCAUGAGUGGCCAGAAGACAUCACCAAGUGGCCGAUAUGCACCAAAAACAGCGCUGGGAACCACACCAACCACCCCCACAUGGACUGUGUCAUAACAGGCCGGCCCUGCUGCAUUGGCACCAAGGGCAGGUGUGAGAUCACAUCCCGGGAGUACUGUGACUUCAUGAGGGGCUACUUCCAUGAGGAGGCAACACUGUGCUCUCAGGUGCACUGUAUGGAUGACGUGUGUGGGCUCCUGCCUUUCCUCAACCCUGAGGUGCCUGACCAGUUCUACCGCCUGUGGCUGUCCCUCUUUCUGCACGCCGGCAUCCUGCACUGCCUGGUGUCCGUCUGCUUCCAGAUGACCGUCCUGCGGGACCUGGAGAAGCUGGCAGGCUGGCACCGCAUAGCCAUCAUCUACCUACUGAGUGGUGUCACUGGCAACCUGGCCAGUGCUAUCUUCCUGCCGUACCGGGCAGAGGUGGGCCCGGCCGGCUCACAGUUUGGCAUCCUGGCCUGCCUCUUCGUGGAGCUCUUCCAGAGCUGGCAGAUCCUGGCACGGCCCUGGCGCGCCUUCUUCAAGCUGCUGGCUGUGGUGCUCUUUCUCUUCACCUUCGGGCUGCUGCCCUGGAUCGACAACUUUGCCCACAUCUCGGGCUUCAUCAGUGGCCUCUUCCUGUCCUUUGUCUUCCUGCCCUACAUCAGCUUUGGCAAGUUUGAUCUGUACCGCAAGCGCUGCCAGAUCAUCGUCUUUCAGGUGGUCUUCCUGGGCCUUCUGGCUGGCCUGGUGAUCCUCUUCUACUUCUACCCUGUCCGCUGCGAGUGGUGUGAGUUCCUCACCUGCAUCCCCUUCACCGACAAGUUCUGCGAGAAGUAUGAGCUGGACGCUCAGCUCCACUGAGUGGCUGCGGGUGCCAGUGGCCAUGUGCUCCAGCCACCAGAGUGAGGCAGAUGUGACCACCCUUAGCCUCAUGAGCCUGCGGGACUCUGCCUGCUCCAUGCAGGGACUCACCUGUUUCCUGAACACAGACCUCCUGUGCCUUGUUCACUUCUGUUGAACCCCUUGUAUUGCCGGGCAUUUAUUACACUAGUUCCUGUGAUAACCUCCUAACUAGUCUCUUGACGACCACCUCGUGU